GGACUCGGCGUCAGAAUGGGUUUAUGGACAUCGGUGGAAGGCGGGUUAGGCUUCUCUUCCUCCACUGAGAUGUCCAACGACGGAGGCAAAUUUCUUUGCUGCAAAGCCUCUCCCAUCUUUGAGAGUUGCUAUUUGGUGCAGUUUUAGAAACGUGUUGAACAUCCCAAUAGAGCAAUCUGACUUUGCUUAGGCUUGUGAAAGGUACGUGGCCAUUGGAAUGAGCCGAGGAGGUGGUGGAUCUUAAUGGGGCUUCUGCGUAUUUAUGGCGAUUGUGAUCACUUAACUUUCAUUUAAGACUCGAGGGCCUUGGGUCUCAUUCUUGAAGCCAACCCUUCCUCCUGACCCUCGAAGUCUUGUGAAGAACAUUUAGAGAGAAAUACACCAGGUGAUUGAGGUUUUAGAUAGACAGAAAGAAUGGUGAAGAUCUGUUGCAUUGGUGCUGGUUAUGUUGGAGGUCCUACCAUGGCAGUUAUUGCAUUGAAGUGCCCCUCAUUUGAAGUAGUAGUUGUUGACAUCUCAGUUUCUAGGAUUGCAGCCUGGAACAGUGAUCAGCUUCCCAUUUAUGAGCCAGGCCUUGACGAGGUGGUGAAACAGUGCAGAGGAAAGAACCUUUUCUUCAGCACAGACAUUGAAAAACAGGUCUCAGAAGCUGAUAUAAUCUUUGUUUCUGUUAAUACUCCAACAAAAACUCAGGGCCUUGGAGCAGGCAAAGCUGCUGACCUGACUUAUUGGGAGAGUGCAGCCCGAAUGAUUGCUGAUGUAUCGAAAUCCAACAAGAUUGUUGUUGAGAAAUCUACGGUUCCUGUGAAAACUGCUGAGGCAAUUGAAAAAAUUCUGACCCAUAACGGCAGAGGCAUCAAAUAUCAGAUUCUAUCCAACCCAGAAUUUCUAGCAGAAGGAACUGCAAUUCAAGACCUUUUUCACCCUGACAGGGUUCUCAUCGGAGGGAGGGAAACCCCAGAUGGCCAGAAGGCUAUUCAGUCUCUUAAAGAUGUUUAUGCUCAUUGGGUUCCUGAAGAUAGAAUCAUUUCAACCAAUCUCUGGUCAGCAGAGCUCUCAAAGCUAGCAGCAAAUGCCUUUCUGGCACAGAGAAUUUCUUCUGUAAAUGCAAUGUCAGCACUCUGUGAAGCAACUGGAGCAGAUGUUUCCCAGGUUUCCCAUGCUGUUGGAAAGGACACUAGAAUUGGUCCUAAGUUCCUCAAUGCAAGUGUUGGCUUUGGAGGUUCUUGCUUUCAGAAGGACAUCCUAAAUUUAGUUUACAUUUGUGAGUGCAAUGGCCUACCUGAAGUUGCUAACUACUGGAAACAAGUCAUUAAGAUUAAUGACUAUCAGAAGAAACGAUUUGUCAACAGGUUAGUCUCCUCAAUGUUCAAUACAGUUUCAGGUAAAAAGAUUUCCAUUCUUGGUUUUGCAUUCAAGAAAGAUACUGGUGACACAAGGGAAACACCAGCAAUUGAUGUGUGCAAAGGCUUGCUGGGUGAUAAGGCUCACUUGUGCAUAUAUGAUCCACAAGUGACCGAGGAUCAGAUCCGGAGGGAUCUGUCAAUGAACAAGUUUGAUUUGGAUCAUCCUGUUCACCUUCAACCAAUGAGCCCCAGUUCUGUGAAGCAAGUGAGUGUGGUGUGGGAUGCUUAUGAGGCAGCAAAGGAUGCUCAUGGGGUCUGCAUUCUUACCGAGUGGGAUGAAUUCAAGACCCUUGAUUACCAGAGGAUUUUUGACAAUAUGCAGAAGCCUGCAUUUGUGUUUGAUGGAAGAAAUAUUGUGAAUGUUGACAAGUUGAGGGAGAUUGGUUUCAUUGUCUACUCCAUUGGGAAACCAUUGGAUCCGUGGCUAAAAGACAUGCCUGCUGUGGCUUGAGUUUCUUCAGUCCUUCUCAUAGGAUUUGAAGCUGGAACUAAGCAAUCUGGAAGCUGCAGUUUGAUUCUUCUAUUUUCUGCUUGUUUCUUUUGUCACAAUCAUUGCAUAAUACACACUUUAGUCAUUGUUCUUAGUGGAAAAGCUGUAAUUUUAUUUGCUAGUAUGAUUAAUAAAGCAGAGCCUCAACCUUAAAGAAACUCUGGUUUG